CCUGGUGUUAACUGUCUGAAUAAAUCUCUGCUCGCCCGUCACUGGUGGCGACUAUAAGACUCACGGGCUGCCUCCUCUCUUGCUUUAUAUAUCAAGCCAACCUACGCCUCUCCAACUGCACUACUCACCACCAACCACGCCACUUGUACUACACACGCACCUUGUACCACAGCGACAUCGACCCACCUUGCCCUUGCCGCACAUUCAAUGAACAUCAACGACUUCCCGUACGAAAUCCUUUCUCAGAUCCUCCACGAGGUUACCAAAGCCAAUGUCCGCGAAGGUCCAACAUAUACCUUUGGACUACAGCAAGCGCCAUUGCCACUAGAGAGGGCCAAGCUCCAGCGCUAUGUGAGGGGCCCCGUUCCCCCAGAGCUUCUCAAGUGGGAUGCCACUGCCACACUCCGUUCCGUCUGCUGGACGUGGCAUGAGUGGGCUUUGGAGCACUCGAUCAAGGAUGUCUACAUUCGCCGCUGGAAGGGUGGAGAGCGAUGGGCUGAGCUCUCCAAUAGGCGAGAAAGCUACCCGCUUUACGAGCUCAUUGACCGUCCAACUGGUACGGCUGUGUACCGUGACCCAUUCGCUUCCCUUAAGCGGACAGUCAAGAUUUGCAACGACUACCCCCAAGUAGCUUCCAAGAUCAAGCGCAUGUGGGUCCAUGGCUUCUACACCGCCGAGACCGACCGCCUUAUUUUCGACUGCUUGACGAACUGUGUUAACCUUACCUCCCUUUCUAUUCCGUGGACCACUAUUAGGCACGUGGAUGCCAAGGCCUGGCGAGCCAUGUUGACAGGUAGCGGCAAGUCACUCCAGUCUCUAGAGCUGCAGUGUGUCGAUCCCACAUCGCAGCAAGCAGCCGACAAGGACAACCUCGUCGAUCUAGAGCCCCUCCAGUCGGUCAACUUUAGCCAACUGCGCCGUUUGAAGAUUUUCGGCGACACAUCGUUCAUGCCCAUCACCGACAAUGACCUGUUCGCCAUUGCUCGCACUGCCACUCAGCUCGAGGAGUUCCACCUGACCUGCAACUCGUCCAUCACCAUUGAUGGUGUUAUGGCGAUUGUCAAGGCUUCUCGCCAGACACUCCGCGUUUUGGAGCACAGCCCGCGAUCACAGGAUGGUUUCUGGCACCCACACCCUGGCUCCCCAAGUGACAGCGAGCAUCUUUGCGAUACCUUCCGCAACUGCCCAAAGCUGGAGACCCUGUCCAUCUCUCUCCCAUCUGUGUGCUCCCACCUCUUCUCCAACCAGGAUGCCAAGUUUGCGGGUGACUUGCAAGUUCGUGCCCUGCAUUUGUGCGAGCAUGAGCACGGUCGCUCUACCCACGAGGCUACCGACGCCCUGCAGAAGCUACUGGAGCAAGCGCGCCGCUUCAUCCGGCUCCGCGCUGAGAGCGCCAUUCCUCGCGAGCUCUACAUUGAGCUCUUCUUCGCAGACUGCAUCUUCGAGCCAGGCUUCCAGGCCGUGCACGGCGACUUUUCCUUGGCCCAGAUUUCGUCCGAGGGAUACUGGCCGCAGAACGUCGAGUUCAGCGGAAAGGGGCCCUACGGAAGCACCGGUCUGUACGGAAAAGAGGAAGAGGCGCAGUUCCAGCGCAUUCACGAGGCCGAGUUCCUGGCUGGCGUCCACAGGAGGCUUCAUUCCAUUCAGACUUGAAUGUGCAUCAUCCGACCAACAAGCGAUCGUCUUCCUUUCUUCUGUAUACCAUUACUACAACUUGUUUUACGACAUAACGAUCAUAUGCAUGAGCGGCAGGCCUGGAGCCAGGAGAGAUACCAGGCUGAAGCAGCCAUAUUCGAUUCAUGCAUUUCAAAGGGUUUGAAAAAUUUGACUACAAAGGCAUGGGUUUCUGUCUUCAAAAAAGCGGUUUUCAGCGAAUUUGCAUUUAAGCGUCGGCAGUCUGUUUUUUUGCUUGUUAGCGUUGUAGCGUUCAUAACCGGAUACCAUUGUACUGUAAUGAACAAAGUUUCUACGUGUGCACUUU